GUGACGCGGCGCUCAUAUUUACCACGCGGUUGCUGCUGAACCGGCUGAAGAUCAUCAUCAUCGUCAUCAUCAUCAUCAUCAUCAUCAUCAUCACAAUCCUCGGGGUUUAUGGAUCAUUAUGAGGUUAUUCGACAGGUCGGUCAAGGCGCGUUCGGGAGCGCGCUUCUGGUCAAACACCGACACGGAGACGAUGAGCUGCUAUACGUCAUCAAAGAGAUUCACCUGAGACAGUUGUCUGCUCGGGAUAAGGAUGCCUCCAGAAAGGAAGUGACCCUUUUGUCCAAAAUGAGACAUCCAAACAUUGUCACGUUUUAUAAAUCAUUUUACGACAGAAAUAACCUCUACAUCCUGAUGGAAUACUGUGACGCCGGUGAUCUGAUGAACAGAAUCAAGAUGCAGAGAGGAAAACCCUUCACAGAGCAGCAGAUUGUGGACUGGUUUGUUCAGAUCUGUCUGGGACUGAAGCACGUUCACGACAGGAAGGUUCUGCACAGAGACAUUAAAGCUCAGAACAUCUUUCUCACUCACGGAGGACAGAAAGUCAAACUGGGAGAUUUUGGCAUCGCAAAAAGUUUGAACAACACCACGGAUCUCGCCAGGACCUGCGUCGGGACGCCGUACUAUCUCUCUCCAGAGAUCUGCGAGAACAGACCGUACAACAACAAGACGGACAUCUGGUCUCUGGGCUGUGUCCUCUAUGAGCUCUGCACACUCAAACACCCGUUCGAGGGCAGUAAUUUAAAGCAGCUGGUGUUGAGGAUCUGUAGGGGGCGCUAUAGUCCAGUGUCUCAGCGAUACAGUGCUGAACUUCGACUUCUGCUGAACCAGCUGUUCAAGAUCAGUCCUCGAGACCGGCCGUCAGCGAACACACUCCUCAGAAGACCGUUACUGCAGGCUCAGAUCAGCAAACACCUCGACACACAGUUGCUGGAGGAAGAGUUCAGUCACACAGUUCUUCACGGACACACACCAGCGGCACCUAAAGCCACAAACAACACAGUCUUUGGCCUUUCUAAAGAUCCGGCGGGAUAUAAACCCGUCCCGAGAGCUCCUGUCAUCAAAGCACCAGCGAGACCCGAGCAGAGACGCAGCAGAGCCAAAGCACAACAAAUAAAGCCUCGAUUUCCUGCUGUGUUUGAAAACCCGAUUGCGGUUAAAGCGUGUGUUGAUCGUGAGCGCCGCUGGAACGGGCCGGUCGAGCGUCAGGAACCUGUGGAGGAUCGUGACACACACACACUGGAGCCCUACAAACUUGUCGCUAAGGCGAGAGACGAGUAUCUGCAGAGGCGACGUGAAGCCCAACUGUACAAACUCCGAGCUCAGAAACAACUGGGUCUCAGACCGUCCACAGCAGAUGCUGAAGGCUGUGAGCCGCCCAAUGCACAAGAGCAUCAUGGGAGAAAACCGUGUCAGAGCGGGAAACUGCAGGGACAGGAGGAGUACCUGAAGCAGCUCCAGCGAAUCAGAGAGCAGUAUCAUAAUGAUGUCAGAGAGAUGAGAAUGAGAGCAGAGGUCGAGGACAGACGAACAGACCUACUGAGGAAGAGCAGACACACACACGCACGUGGGAAAGAGCAGCAGAGAGGGAUCAUGUUUGAGAUCAAGCUGAGUGAUGAAGAGCACGCCGAGAUGAAGACUGACGAGGAAGACGAGGAGUCAGAGGACAAGCCCCUAAACGACACACUGACGUUGGAGCGUGGAGAAAACAUCCACAACGGUCCACACGGCUCAGACGAAGAGGAGCAGAAGAAGAGAGCUGGAUGGUGUCGGGACGCCGCUGACACUUUACUGAACGCUCUCGAGCGCAUGGACGUGACGACAGAGAGUAUCAGUGACACUCAGACAGAUUCAGAGGAGCAGGAGGAAGGACACAGAAAGCUCUGGACGAAGCGUUUGCCGGAGACGCUCCUGAACGCUCUCGCUCAAGCACAGCUCACGGAGACGCUGAUGUCAUCAGAUGAGAAGAGUCUGACAGAGGAAGAGUGUGAUGAGUGUGAUGAUGAAGAGCGUCUGGAGCCUCGAUCAGAUGAUGAGGACACGAACUUUGAGGAGUCGGAGGACGAGCUGAGAGAGCAGGUGUCCGACUCCAUGAGGAACCUCUUCAUCAUCACACAGGAGGAGGACGAGCACACACACACCGAUGACCCGACGCGUGAAGCAAAGGAGGAGGACGAGCACACACACACCGAUGACCCGACGCGUGAAGCAAAGGAGGAGGACGAGCACACACACACCGAUGACCCGACACAGGAGAGUGUGAACAGCAGCGCAGAGGAAGAUUCCCAGAAAACCACAGUGGAAUGAAGGAAUCCUCCUUUCGUCCUUUUGUUUCUCAAGCUGACAUAUGAUAAAUACAUACACAUAUACAGGGUUUGAAAUGAACACUCGCCAAAUGUGUGUAAAAUCAACAGUGGCGGGAAACGCUGUCAGAUCACGAGCCAAUCUGCCGUGUUACCUACUAUUGCUGUGGAAGUUUGUGUGAGACUAAUCUGCACUGAUUUAGUGCAAAUACUCGUGAUAUAUUAAAUACAGCGAAAUCUGCUCAUUUCUGGCUUACUGUAACCAGUGUUGGGUAAGUUACUCUAAAAAAGUAAUUAGUUACUAGUUACUAAUUACCUCUUCAACAGUGUAAUUA